GCCUCGCCGUCCGGGCAGCGCGGUCGAGAGCCGGGAGUGGGGCCGGGAGCGCGGCGCGGGGCCGGAGUGGAGCGCGCGAGCGAUGAUGUCGACCUACAAGCGGGCCACGCUGGACGAGGAGGACCUGGUGGACGCACUCUCCGAGGGCGACGUGUACCCCAACCACCUGCAGUAGCCCGUGAACUUCCGAGGCCCCCGGAACGGCCAGAGAUGCUGGGCCGCCAGGACCCCGGUGGAGAAGCGGCUGGUGGUGCUGGUGGCGCUUCUGGCGGUGGCAGUGGUGGCCUGUCUGGGAGUGCUGGGCAUCCAGUACCGGACAAGAACGCCCUCGGUGUGCCUAAGUGAGGCCUGCAUCUCAGUGACCAGCUCCAUCUUGAGCUCCAUGGACCCCACGGUGGACCCCUGCCAGGACUUCUUCACCUAUGCCUGCGGAGGCUGAAUCAAAGCCAACCCCGUGCCUGACGGCCACUCACGCUGGGGGACCUUCAGCAACCUCUGGGAACACAACCAAGCCAUCAUCAAGCACCUCCUCGAAAACUCCACGGCCAGCGUGAGCGAGGCAGAGAGGAAGGCCCAGGUGUACUACCGAGCCUGCAUGAAUGAAACCAGGAUUGAGGAGCUCAAGGCCAAACCCCUGAUGGAGCUCAUCGAGAAGCUCGGCGGUUGGAACAUCACGGGGCCCUGGGACAAGGACAACUUCCAGGACACCCUUCAGGUGGUCACAUCCCACUACCACACCUCACCCUUCUUCUCCGUCUACGUCAGCGCCGACUCCAAGAAUUCCAACAGCAACGUGAUCCAGGUGGACCAGUCUGGCCUGGGCUUACCCUCAAGAGAUUAUUACCUGAACAAAACCGAAAACGAGAAGGUGCUGACGGGGUACCUCAACUACAUGGUCCAGCUGGGGAAGCUGCUGGGCGGAGGGGCCGAGGACACCAUCCGGCCCCAGAUGCAGCAGAUCCUGGACUUUGAGACGGCGCUGGCCAACAUCACCAUCCCCCAGGAGAAGCGCCGGGACGAGGAACUCAUCUACCACAAAGUGACGGCAGCCGAGCUGCAGACCUUGGCACCCGCCAUCAACUGGCUGCCCUUCCUCAACACCAUCUUCUACCCUGUGGAGAUCAAUGAGUCAGAGCCGAUCGUCAUCUACGACAAAGAAUACCUGAGCAAGGUGUCCGCCCUCAUCAACAGCACAGACAGAUGCCUGCUGAACAACUACAUGAUCUGGAACCUGGUGCGGAAGACAAGCUCCUUCCUCGAUCAGCGCUUCCAGGACGCCGACGAGAAGUUCAUGGAAGUCAUGUACGGGACCAAGAAGACCUGUCUUCCCCGCUGGAAGUUUUGCGUGAGUGACACAGAGAACACCCUUGGCUUCGCCCUGGGCCCCAUGUUCGUCAAAGCGACCUUCGCCGAGGACAGCAAGAACAUAGCCAGCGAAAUCAUCCUGGAGAUCAAGAAGGCAUUUGAAGAGAGCCUGAGCACCCUGAAGUGGAUGGAUGAAGAUACUCGGAAAUCGGCCAAGGAAAAGGCGGACGCGAUCUACAACAUGAUAGGCUAUCCCAACUUUAUCAUGGACCCCAAGGAACUGGACAAAGUGUUCAAUGACUACACCGCCGUGCCAGACCUCUACUUCGAGAACGCCAUGCGGUUUUUCAACUUCUCCUGGAGGGUCACUGCCGACCAGCUCCGGAAAGCGCCCAACAGAGAUCAGUGGAGCAUGACCCCGCCCAUGGUGAACGCCUACUACUCGCCCACCAAGAACGAGAUCGUGUUUCCUGCCGGAAUCCUGCAGGCGCCCUUCUACACCCGCUCUUCACCCAAUGCCUUAAACUUCGGCGGCAUCGGUGUCGUCGUGGGCCACGAGCUGACUCAUGCUUUUGAUGGUCAAGGCCGAGAGUACGACAAGGACGGGAACCUCCGGCCCUGGUGGAAGAACUCGUCCGUGGAGGCGUUCAAGCAGCAGACCGAGUGCAUGGUGGAGCAGUACGGCAACUACAGCGUGAACGGGGAGCCGGUGAACGGCCGGCACACCCUCGGUGAAAACAUCGCGGACAACGGGGGCCUCAAGGUGGCCUAUCGGGCCUACCAGAACUGGGUGAAGAAGAACGGGGCUGAGCAGACGCUGCCCACCCUGGGUCUCACCAACAACCAGCUCUUCUUCCUGGGCUUUGCACAGGUCUGGUGCUCCGUCCGCACCCCCGAGAGCUCGCACGAAGGUCUCAUCACCGAUCCCCACAGCCCCUCCCGCUUCCGAGUCAUCGGCUCCAUCUCCAACUCCAAGGAGUUCUCAGAACACUUCCACUGCCCGCCCGGCUCACCCAUGAACCCACAUCACAAGUGUGAAGUCUGGUGAAGGGCCAAGCACCCUGAGCCGAGAUGGAGGGCGAAGGGGGGCCCAAGAACAUGCCCCCCGGGCCCACAAGACUGCCCCCUCCAUCCGGCAGUCAGCCCCCUCCCCCGACACUGCAGGGUGGUCAGCCGGAACCAAGCCUGUGAUGUGAGCUCUCACCGUAAUCUGAGAUUUGACCCCCUGUGAAGACCCGGUCAUCCCAGGCACACGUGUGUCAACUCUGAUGGGUGUUGGGGCAUCAGCCACGUUGCCCACCGGGUCUGGACCCUCGCCGACAAGGGCAGGGGGGCCCAGCCCCCUCCGCCCACAUGCAGCACCAGAUAUACCACAAAUACCACUGUGUCAAAUGCUUUAAAGAUAUAUUUUUGGGGAAACUAUUUUUUAAACAUUGUGGAAUACACUGGAAAUCUUCA